UGGAUUUUAAAAGAAAGAAAAACGAAACAAUCUUUGAACUUUUAAUUGCUGCUGAUGAACUUGGUGUUCAAAGAAUUAUUAAUUCUGUUCAAGAAUUUUUAGCUCAAAAUUGUCUCAAGUUCUUGCAUUCAGAUUUAACGAAAAUGCUUGACUUCAUUACUUGUCAUAACUCAUUUGAUAUUCUUAAAAAUGCUUGUUUAAAAACCUUAACUAAAAAUUGCAAAGACUUUUUACGAAAAGAUCCCAAAGAUGUGACAAAAUUUACUCAUGAAGAUUUUAAGACAUUAGAAAAGACUUUAAAAGGAUUAAUUCAACUGGUUAGAUUUCAUCAGAUAAAUCGUGAAGAAUUCAUGUUUACUGUAUGGCCAUUCAGGCAACUCCUUCCUGAUAACUUAACCGAGGAUAUAUUACGUUGCUAUCUAGUUUCAAAUGCUGUACCACUCUAUCAUGGUUUUCCAGCCAGAUCUGGCAAC